GGAAAUAGUAAAAAGUUUGGAAAGAGCAGAUGUCGGUAGGGUGGCCGAGGAGUUAGUAAUACGUCUACUAUUGCAACUAGUACUAGGGGUACUAGCACUAUUUCUAGUAGAUGUUCAGAGACACGAACAACGGGACGCACUCUCCGUUACUUUUUGUGUUUGUUUUGAGCGUCGUUUCGAGGGGAGAGAGGGCGAAAACGGAAAUAAACAAACCCACGUUACUAUAACGGAGACAGAAAAACCAUCAGGCAGGGUGCGUUACGGCGAGGUCGGAUUAUACCAGAAGGGUGCGUGUUGGGCGGCAUGAAGGUUGAUUUUGCACCGCUGAAUAUUCCUCUGCGGAGGAGAAUUCAGACGAUAGCAGUUCUACAAUGGAUCUUCUCCUUUCUAAUGCUGGCCCAGUUCUGUCUCGCAGGCUUUAUUAUCUUGGCCCUCUCUGAUUGGUGGGUUCUGGCCGUACUGUAUGCUGGUUGGCUGUGGCUGGACUUGGACACGCCUGUCUCUGGAGGUCGAAGGUCACAGUGGACCAGAAAUUGGCGAAUAUGGCAUCACUUCAGGGACUAUUUCCCCCUCUCUUUGGUGAAAACUACAGACUUGGAUCCGAGACACAACUACAUAUUUGGCUUCCAUCCCCAUGGGGUGCUGGUCGCGGGCGCGUUCGGUAACUUCUGCACCGAGGCGACCGGGUUCUCUACUCUGUUCCCCGGGCUGAAGCCCCACCUCCUCAUGCUGCCCUUCUGGUUCAGAGUGCCUCUCUUCAGGGACUACAUCAUGACUGGAGGCUUAGUGUCCAGCUGUAAGAACAGUCUGUCCUACCUGCUGUCUCGUCCGGAGGGAGGUCAUGUUGCUGUCCUGGCAAUAGGGGGAGCUCCCGAAGCCCUGGACGCUCGACCUGGAGCCCUCAAGUUACAGCUUCUCAAGAGGAAGGGCUUCAUCAAGUUGGCGCUCAAACACGGAGCUCAUCUGGUUCCUGUGUUUUCCUUCGGGGAGAAUGAGCUGUUUGACCAGGUUCCCAACCCCAGUGGCUCUUCUCUGCGUUCACUUCAGGAGCGGCUGCAGUGCAUUAUGGGAGUUUCUCUACCUCUGUUCCAUGCCAGAGGAGUGUUUCAAUACAGCUUUGGCCUCAUGCCCUACAGGAAAUCCAUUAACACUAUAGUUGGUGAGCCUAUCUCAGUGGUCCAGGCUCCGUCCCCCAGUAGUGAAGACAUAGAUGUUCUUCAUGGUAAAUACAUGGAGGCGCUCUCUGAGCUGUUUGAGAAGAACAAACAUCUGUACGGCGUCCCAGAUGACCGCCACAUCUCCUUCAUAUAGCGCACCGCCAUCACCGCCCCAUAACACGCCACCAUCAUGACAUCACCGCCCCAUAACACGCCCACAUCAUGAC